AUGACAGCAGCAAUAAAUCCUGAUGAGUGGCGAAGUGUCGUUCAACGGAUAAUCGCCUCUUGGGGUGGUUAUCAGUUAGGAGUUGAUUUUAAUUCAGGAGGGCCUGAGACAUUAGCAAAAGAUGAGUGGUUCAAAGAUGUAUUAACUGAAUAUAUUUUCACGACAAGAGCACUGAAAGCUGAAGAUUUGGAAGAUUGGUUGAACAAUGUUCUCUAUACCGAGUUCAACCUUAUUCUUGAGGACGAGAGCGUGUAUCCAACCUCAUUGAUUCUAAUUGAAGCUUUUGGAUAUAUGAAACACAACGAUCGUGAACGAUUGAGUCAACUAAUCAGUGCUCUUCCACCCGUGGAGAGCGUGCUAGAGGCUAACAAGCAGAGCCAACGUGUGCGUGAUGAUAGUGAAGAGAUGGAGAUGGAUGACAUAUCAGAAGAUGAAGAAAUUGGGACAGAAGAUCAAGCUAAGGAAGAACCCAGAAAGGAACGACAACCUCGAAUGAUCACUGAUGACGAUGGGUGGACUACAAUACUCAAGAAAUAA